AUGAGAUACCCUCAGAUACCCCCUCUGCCAGAUACCCUCAGAUACCCCCUCUGCCAGAUACCCUCAGAUACCCCUCUGGCAGAUACCCUCAGAUACCCCUCUGCCAGAUACCCUCAGAUACCCCCUCUGGCAGAUACCCUCAGAUACCCCCUCUGGCAGAUACCCUCAGAUACCCCCUCUGCCAGAUACCCUCAGAUACCCCCUCUGGCAGAUACCCUCAGAUACCCCCUCUGCCAGAUACCCUCAGAUACCCCUCUGGCAGAUACCCUCAGAUACCCCCUCUGCCAGAUACCCUCAGAUACCCCCUCUGGCAGAUACCCUCAGAUACCCCCUCUGGCAGAUACCCUCAGAUACCCCUCUGCCAGAUACCCUCAGAUACCCCUCUGGCAGAUACCCUCAGAUACCCCUCUGGCAGAUACCCUCAGAUACCCCUCUGGCAGAUACCCUCAGAUACCCCUCUGCCAGAUACCCUCAGAUACCCCUCUGGCAGAUACCCUCAGAUACCCCUCUGGCAGAUACCCUCAGAUACCCCUCUGCCAGAUACCCUUAGAUACCCCUCUGGCAGAUACUCUCAGAUACCCCUCUGCCAGAUACCCUCAGAUACCCCUCUGGCAGAUACCCUCAGAUACCCCUCUGGCAGAUACCCUCAGAUACCCCUCUGCCAGAUACCCUCAGAUACCCCUCUGGCAGAUACCCUCAGAUACCCCUCUGCCAGAUACCCUCAGAUACCCCUCUGGCAGAUACCCUCAGAUACCCCUCUGCCAGAUACCCUUAGAUACCCCUCUGGCAGAUACUCUCAGAUACCCCUCUGCCAGAUACCCUCAGAUACCCCUCUGGCAGAUACUCUCAGAUACCCCUCUGCCAGAUACCCUUAGAUACCCCUCUGCCAGAUACCCUCAGAUACCCCUCUGCCAGAUACCCCUCUGCCAGAUACUCUCAGAUACCCCUCUGCCAGAUACCCCUCUGCCAGAUACUCUCAGAUACCCCUCUGCCAGAUACCCUCAGAUACCCCUCUGCCAGAUACCCUCAGAUACCCCUCUGCCAGAUACCCCUCUGCCAGAUACUCUCAGAUACCCCUCUGCCAGAUACACUCAGAUACCCCUCUGCCAGAUACUCUCAGAUACCCCUCUGCCAGAUACCCUCAGAUACCCCUCUGCCAGAUACUCUCAGAUACCCCUCUGCCAGAUACCCUCAGAUACCCCUCUGCCAGAUACUCUCAGAUACCCCUCUGCCAGAUACCCUCAGAUACCCCUCUGGCAGAUACCCUCAGAUACUCCUCACAUACCCCUCUGGCAGAUACCCCUCUGCCAGAUACCCUCAGAUACCCCUCUGCCAGAUACCCUCAGAUACCCCUCUGCCAGAUACCCUUAG